GACUUUGUCACAACUUUGGAUCACCAUUAUCUUGUCAUGGAACAUAUCAGCGGCACUCCCUUACUUUUCCAUAUAAUCCGGCAACACUAUUUAUCCGAAGUAUCUGCACGACGCUACGCUCAUCAAGUCUGGCGCAUUCUGGAUUAUCUCCAUGGCCAUGCUAUUGUGCAUCUCGACGUUCGAAUUGAUAAUCUGAUCCUCGCGCAGAACGGCCAGGUCAAGCUACUGGACUUUAGCGCUGCAUCAAUUUGUGUUGAUCAACUACUGGACAAGCGCAAAUACAUGUGUCGAUCCAUCCAUUAUACAGCACCAGAAUUGUUGGAUACCGUGAGCGAGACGUACGAAGGCCCGCCCGUAGAUGUAUGGAACUUUGGUGUCUUGAUUUAUAUCAUGGUGACUGGAGGAAUGCCGUUCGAGGGCUAUUCACCUGAACAAGUCAGCCAGCGGAUUCUGGACAAAGAUCAUGUUCAAUUUCCAGAUAGACUUAGUCCGGAAUGCCGUGAUCUGCUCCAAUCCAUGCUAACGAUCGAUCCAGGCCGACGGAUCACGCUUGCUCAAGUGGCUCAGCAUCCUUGGUUCCGCAGUUUACCGCCGGCCAGUGACAUACCCAUCCGCAAACCAUUGCGGCCACCGCUUGAUCCACUUGUCAUACAAAAGAUGACACGUGCGUUCAGUGUUCUUGGAUCGCCGCAGCGAAUCGCAGCAAGAUUGACAUAUAUCAUUGAACGUAAGGAACAC